AUCUUCAUUAAUGAUGGAUUCCAUAGGACACACUGGAGCAGAUGCUGCAGAUUUAAGAGGGGUACCGUGUCAUUAUGAACCAACCAGCGAAGGUUUGAAAGCCAUUUGUUCACACCGCAACCUAACCGCGGUACCUGCUAACCUCACUGAUGAUAUCACCGUGUUAAAUCUCGCUUAUAACCAACUGACCAAAUUGACUAACACAUCUUUCAGUAGCCUUCCUCAUUUGAGGUACCUAUAUCUCAAGUCGAACAAUAUAAGUACCAUCGAGUCGGGUGCCUUUCAAGCAUUGCUUGAGCUUUGUUCAAUCUCGCUCACAAAUAACAAUUUCACAUAUCUACCGACUAAUAUUUUCUCAAGGAAUCAAAAUCUGCAAAUUGUUGAUCUCACAGCAAAUCGAUUUGUUAGUUUCCCUGGAAGCGCAUUGAAUUCUGUGUCUUCGUUGACUCAUCUGCGUUUGGGAAAGAAUUUGUUGUCCAGCCUAAACUUUACAGGAUGGAGAAGCAGAAACAUGACUUCACUUGUAUUAUCAACAAAUAAUUUCUCGUCCUUACACGAAGACGAUUUUCUUCCCCUCAAGGAGACAAGAAUUGACCUGAUAUCAUUCAUCAAAAACAACCUCACCUCACUACAGAAUGGUUUGUUCCAACAUCUUGAGGGCGUGCGAGAGAUGCGUCUAACGGGCAAUCAGAUCAGCAAUUUUAGCCUCCAUCCGUUUCUGGGAAUGUCUUCAUUGGAAACUCUUGAUGUCGCAGUAAACGUUAUUACAGUGAUUGAACCGCUAGCCCCUCUACCAAAUCAGACAUACGCGAUUCCUAACUUGACCUACCUGGACUUACAGAGCAAUCGUAUCCCUUCCAUUCCCCCUCGUGCUUUCUGGGGUUUGGGAAAUCUUAUCAGACUUGACAUCCACCAGAGUCGCAUAGACACGUUGCAUAAUGAUUCAUUUGAAGGACUCGAGUCACUGGAAAUUGUCGACUUGACGGGAAACCAUCUUUCCUAUGUCACCAAAGAUAUGUUUUUGUUUAGCCUGCGACUUCAAUCCUUGAUACUAUCGAGUAAUUGGUUCACGGAGCUGAGUCCAAAGCAGUUUGAUGAUAUAACAUCACUAACCUCUCUUAAUUUAGCAAGGUGCAGAAUAACUGAUCUCCGACCACAGCGCGGGGGAUGGGAUCUGCGAAAUUUAAAAUUCCUGGACAUAUCGCAGAACCGACUUGUUCGCAUUGACAAGAACUCCUUUUAUGGAAUGGCAAACCUCACAACUCUCGAUAUAUCCAACAACCGAUUAUUAACGACAAUUGAAAAUGGAGCUUUUGCAUCCAUUGACCGUCUUCAGAUUCUGAGUUUGUCUUAUUUGUCUUAUUUGGGUCAGUUGCAUAGUCCGUUCACGAAUCUGAAUGAGCUUACAAUACUGGACAUGUCCUAUACGUCAGUCGCAUUAUCGUAUGAACUCUUUACAGGGUUGUCCAAUCUUAAAAGAUUGAGGAUGCGGGGAUCAGGGCUAACACUUUCCAGCUUCUGGGACUCCCAUACUGAAGAUCUUCCGGUGCUGUCCGCUCUAUCAACGUUAGAACGUCUCUACCUCAAAGGAAACAAACUUGACAGGCUAAAACCGGGAACAUUUCAAGGUCUCCAAAACCUACAAAAUCUUGAAAUGGAUAAUUCUGACAUCACGUCCCUAAAUGAGGACAUUUUUCUGAAUCUGACAUCGUUACAGCACCUUUCCAUUGAUGUAAAUCACAUCGCAGAACUGACAUCUCGACACCUGGCUGAUCUCAGGUCGUUAGUCGGUGUGUCCAUAAAAAGCAACGAGAUCAAAGGCUUAGCUUCAGACGUGUUCACAAAUAACCCACACCUGUCAUAUCUAUAUAUAUCACACAACCAUCUAACCACUGUCAAAGAGGGUACAGUUCUACCUAGACAAACACUGGAUGUCUCCAGCAAUCCUUUCAGUUGUAACUGUGAGUUUACAUGGUUUAUAAAUUGGAUUAACAAAGCCGAAGUAUCUAUCAUCCAUCCUGACCAAACGAACUGUUCAGAUGUUUCUCUAGCACCCUUUAAGAAUCAGCCCAUUAUUACAUUUGAUCCCACCGAGGUCUGUGGACCUAAAGUCUGGGUCUACAUCAUCACGAUCUUUGUCAUUGUCACCUGUAUCAUGGUCUGUGUUGUGGCUUAUCAAAGGAGAUGGUUGAUCAAUUACAAAUUAUUCCAUCUGAAAUUAGUAUUUCUUGGCAGACGGGACGACCACGACGGACGAGAGAGGUUCGAUUACGAGUACGAUAUCAACCUCGCUUUCGACGAUGAUGACGAACAGUGGGUUAGGGGAAUAUUGAAACCUGGACUCGAGGAACGACUACCUGAUUUCGACAGGAUCGUGUGCGGGGAUGACGACCUUCCGCUUGGAAUGUACUACAUUGAGGCCAUCGCCGAAGUCUUCGAGCAAAGUUAUAAAAGCAUCCUGAUCGUGAGCAAUAGAGCCGUAGACAAUCACUCGUUCAUCAGCAAACUCCGUCUCGCGGUUGACCAAAUGAAUGAGGUCGAGCUAGAGAAGGUAAUUUUAAUAUUCAAGGAAGACAUUCCUGAUGGGCGUUUACCAUAUCUUGUAAGGUUGUUUCUCAGUAAGAACAAACCGUAUUAUCGAUGGUCAGAAGAUAAUUAUGGACAAAAAAUAAUGUGGGAGAAACUUGUAAGGGAACUAGGAUAUAACAAGAAAAUGAAUGAUAUAUUACCUAUCUGAAUGUGGUUUGGAAUGAACAUACAUGUAUAAAUUCGUGAUGUUAUGAAUGUAAGGCUUAUCAGAAUUGAUUCUGUUUUUACAUCCAAUUUCAAUUGAAAGAGUUCACGGAUU